GGCGGCUUUGAAAGCGCAGCGGCGGGAAUGUUUGCAGGUGCGAACCGGCGAGGAAUGGCAUUCUGCGGGCCACUCAGAAUUAAGACUCUUGGGAAGUGCUGAGGAAUGUAACGUCUUGUCCUUGGGCACCUCUGAUCUCCGAAGCUUAGCAGCGUUUAGCCUGGACCAAAGAAAUGAAUGAGAAUGUUGCUGAGUUUCUCCGGAGGCUCAUCCUGAAAACGCCUCUGUGUGAGAUGAAGACCAUCCUAAAAGCCUGGGACUUCUUGUCUGAUGACCAACUGCAAACCAUAAAGUUCAAGCAGAAAAAGGAAUCUCUGGCCCAGGAAGUGAUUCUUCUGUGUGAGGAGAAGUGUGCAAGUAUUGAUGAUGUGGCUCUUCUAGACAUCGCAUAUACUCAGGUUCUCCGGCACCAGAAGCUUUGGAAUGUCUUUCAGAUGAGUAAAGAACCAGGUGAAGAUGUCGAUCUUUUCGAUAUGAGACAGUUCCAAAGUUCCUUUAAGAAAAUUCUUCGGAGAGCAUUAAAAAAUGUUACAGUCAGCUUCAGAGUUGACGAGAAGGCUGCAGUGUGGAUUCGGGUUGCCUGGGGGACACAACAUUCACAGCCGAACCAGUACAAGCCCACUUUCGUGGUGUAUUAUCCCCAGACUCCAUACGCCUUCAUUUCCUCCUGCCGUCUGAAGAGCACUGUGCCCCUUCUCCAUCAGGCACUAAAAGUUGCUAGCAAACACCAGCACAUCAUGCAGAUGGUUCUAAAGAGCCGGCACCUGGACUCACUCAAGGCUAUUGCUUUCGGAGAGUAUAAUCAGACCUUUGAAAAUCAGGACUCUACAAUGCUUCUGCAAGAAGGAAGCCUUGGACUGGACAUGAAUUUGGAUCCAAAUGUCAUUCACGAAAACAGAGAAGAAAAGGAGAGAAUCCACAGAGUCACUCAGGAGACGUUUGGAGCCUAUCCUCAGCCACAGCUAGAGUUUGCACAGUAUAAGCUUGAAACCAAGUUCAAGAGCAACAGAAGUGAGGGCAUCUUGGCUGACAGGAAAGAUCCCCUCCGGUGCCUUAUAAAGUUCUCGAGUCCACAUCUUUUGGAAGCCUUGAAAUCCUUAGCACCAGCCGGUAUAGCAGACGCACCACUUUCCCCGCUGCUCACCUGCAUACCAAGAAAGAAAAUGAAUUAUUUUAAAAUUACAGAUAAAUGAGAUAGAUGUGGCUUUGCUUGUCUUGCACAUGCAAUUCCAGUUAUGGCCGACUGGCUUCUGUGUAUAAUCUUGUGUUUUAAAAAUCAGUCUUUGGCAUUGGAAAUUCCUUGGGACUGAAUCUGUCAUCCCUAUGUGCUCUCUCUCUUCUACUAAGUACAGCAGUUGUGGGCAUUUGAGAAGUGAUAUAGACACUGGCAUGCACACACACACACACAUGUACCCACAUACGCAAACAUGUGGUCGAGAGGCUUUGGGUUUACCUCAGGACUGGGAUGCUCAGAAGACAAGCAAAUGGCACAGUGGUUGAAUCUGUUGGGAUCAUACCUACUGUCCUCUCUCCCGCUUCUGCUGCUUCUCAUCCUCAGAAAUCUGAUUUCAGUUGCUGGUUUCUGUGGAAUUUUGUGUGUAGAUAGAAGAAUCAAAAAACUACCCAACCCAAAACUUGUCGUAGAAUCAGAGGGAAGAGACUGGUGCAUUUAGUACUGCACAAGGCUAUAUUUCCAAUGACUUGUUUAUAUAAAAUAACUCUUCUGUUAUACAUAUGCUUUUCAUAACCUCUUAUCCAUACAUGGAACAUUCAAGCUGAGCAUCACUGUUACACUGAUUGAUGAAUAAAGAUAUUAGCAAACUUGUUUUUAACAAAAUCUCGAUUGUUUGACUUUACCAAUAAAGACCCAGGAGCCAGAUACUGGUGUGAAAGCCUGCUAGCUCAGAGAGGCAGGGAAAUCACCCAGCUGACCCUCCUCAGCCAGUGUCCCAGAAGCAAAAGGGAGUCUCCUUCUCCAUGCCCCUCCAAACCCUUCUACUUCCCAUGUAUCUCUAUCCAUCCUCCUGGCUCCCUCUUACUCUACAGUUUUUCUCCUACGUUCACUCCCUGUCAACUGGUUGCGUGCUCUGACUCUUGACUUUAUUUAAUCCUAUUUACAGUAUUCAAGUAGAAGGCUCUUGGAUUAAAGGUGUGUGCCAGGGCUGAGUCACACCAUAACUAGAAACAGGUUUUUCCAGUGAAUAACACAAUGUUGGUAUUCACAGUGUGAUCAAAUGUCCUGCAACACAAACUGGCAAUCAGUUGCCUCGGAUGAAAAUCAAGCAGGCUAAGUAGAAUGUAUAAAUACAGCCACAGAAGGACUAAGUAAUGCCUUGUAGUGUGAUGUGUACAGGCUGUGGAUCAUCCAAUAUGAAAAACUACGUUUUUAGGUUUAAUGUGAUCAAAUGUGUCAAACACUUCUCUUGUCCCUCGGUGAUCUGAGUAUUUGGGCUUUGUGCUGGCUAGUUCUGUGUCAGCUUGACAGGAGCUAGAGUUACCUGAAGGGAGGGAGACUCGGUUGAGAAAAAAUGUUUUGAUAAGAUCUGGCUGUAGACAUUUUCUUAAUUGGUGAUUGAUAGGUAGGGCCCAGCCCAUUGUGGUUGGGGCCACCCCUAGGCUGGUGGUCUUGGGAUUUGUAAGAAAGCAGGGAAGCAAUACAUUAAGCAGCAUGCCUCUAAAGCCUCUGCUUCAGCUCCUGUCUUCAGGUUCCUGCCCUGUUUAAGUUUCUGUGCUGACUUCCUUCAGUGAUGAAUGGUGAUAUGGAAGUAUACACCAAAUAAACCCUUUUCUCCUCAA